CCCAUUCCCCAUCCCUGCCUGCAUCCCCCUGCCCGUGCUGCAGACAGGUGUCAGCCCCUUUGGUGGGGGUAUUUGCAGCGGGCACCUGCCCAUGGGGCUGUGGGGUCCAGCACCGUGGGGUCCGGCACCGGUGGCUGGCCAAGUGCAGGCCCCAGGCCCCACUGCUGAUGUCUCCGCUCCAGCAAAGUGGUGGCCUGGUCGUGGCGUGGCAUUGUGCUGGCUCCACGGAUGCUGUCACCAAGCAGCAGGGCGCCUGCCUCACAGCAGAUUACAGCUUAUUUGGGUUUUUUUAGUUUGAUUUGAACUCUCCGCUGCCUUAGGGGUGCGGACGUUGCUGCUCCCAGCAUGUCCCUCCUUCGGCAAUGAGCUGCCGGGGCGAUGUGCUGCCGGGGCUCGGCGCAGGCAGGCUGCUCCUCGCGGCCGGCCAGGGAGCUGAGUCUGGGGGGGUUGUGGCGGGUGGGUGGGGGUCCAGCACCGGCUGCAGGUGUUGUGUCCCAGGCUGCCAUCAGCUCUCCCUUGCAGCUUUCCUGCCUUGCUAAGUGUGCUGUCCAUGCAGCCUCAUCCCCGCUCUGGCACGUCGUGGCUCCCUGACAUCUCGAAUGCCUUGGCUUUUCCCAAGCGUGGCAGCUGGUGCAGCCCAUGGGAGCACCGUGGGCUGGGUGAAGCGGGCUCCACGGCUCCCGCUCGCCCUGCUGGAGCUGGGCUGGGCUCCAGGGUGCUGGCACCUCGCCGGGGCUCUGCUUCAGCUGGGCUGGGUGGUGCUCGGGGAGGGAUGGUCCGGGAGGAAUCGGAGCCGAUGCCUCCUUCCUUCCUGCCCAGCCUGGAGAGGAGUGUGGAGCCGGGAUGUCCUGGCUGCAAACCCUCCUCGCCCCGCCGGGAGCGGAGGCAGGCUGCUGGCAGGCGCGGGCGACACAGGGUCAGCACACUAUCGGCGCCUGCGGCGCUGGAAACUUGGCCGCUGUCAGCCCUGCAGCCAGAGCGGCUCAGGAUGGGCUGCAGCCUGACCUCCCGCCCGGCCCAUUGUGCUUUGCCGCCUUCCCUUUCCUACGGCCGUGUCGGACACAGGGAUGCGCCGCCAGCGCCUGUCCUUUGCAUGGGGCACCUCUGGCCCGGGGCAGGGUGAGACCCUUGGGGCCAUGCUGGUCCCCGAGCCCCACCAGGGGUGCUGUGCCCCCUUUCCUGCUGCCCUCCACCUGCAGCGCCAGCCAGGGGGUGACUUCAGCUCCAUGGGGCAUGGGCUGUGCUGGUGCCCCUCAGGGAGGUCCCAGGGCUGGCCAAGACCCCCUGUCUGCUGCGGGGGACAGGCCCCCCUUGUGGCCAGAGCGUCCGUGGGGUGCAGGGCUGCGGCACAGGUGCACAGGACCCCCGCCUGGCCUUAACCUAUGUCCCCUCCACCCCACAGUGAAGUUCAUGCGGGAGGUGACCCCCUACAUCAAGAAGCCCUCACUGGUGUCGGACCUGCCGUGGGAGGGGGCUGCCCCGCAGUCACCCAGCCUGAGCGGCAGUGAGGACUCUGGCUCCCCCCAGCACCAGUGCCCCCGUGACCGCAAGGUGAUCCCCCUGAAGAUGUGCUUCGCUGCCAGGAACCUCAGCAUGCCUGACCUGGAGAACAGGCUGAUCGAGCUGCACUCGCCGGACAGCCGGAACACCCUGAUCCUGCGCUGCAAGGACACGGCGACAGCACACUCCUGGUUCACCGCGCUGCACGCCAACAUCGCCGCCCUGCUGCCCCAGGUCCUGGCCGAGCUCAACGCCAUGCUGGGCACCGGUGGCACCGUGGCCGGCGGCAGGGAGGUGAAGCACAUCGCCUGGCUGGCUGAGCAGGCACGCCUGGAUGGAGGGCGGCAGCAGUGGCGACCGGUCCUCAUGGCGGUGACGGAGAAGGACCUGCUGCUGUACGAUGGCAUGCCCUGGACCAGGGACGCCUGGGCUUCCCCUUGCCACAGCUACCCGCUGGUGGCUACCAGGCUGGUCCACUCAGGCUCAGGCCGCCGCUCGCCCGCACUGGGCUGCGAGCUCACCUUCGCCACCCGGACGGGCUCUCGCCAGGGCGUGGAGAUGCACGUUUUCCGUGUGGAAACCCACCGGGACCUCUCCUCCUGGACGCGUGUCCUCGUCCAGGGCUGCCACGCCGCCGCCGAGUUGAUGAAGGAGGUGACUGUGGGCUGCACGCUGGGCGGGCAGGAGGUCCAGCUCUCCAUCCACUACGAGGGCGGCUUCACCAUCUGCCGAGAGGAGCCGGGCAGCAGUGUCCUCUUCCGCUACCCCUACGAGAGGCUGAAGAUGUCGGCGGACGAUGGCAUCAGGACCCUCUACCUGGACUUCGGGGGUCCUGAGGGCGAGCUGGCGCUGGACCUGCACUCCUGCCCCAAGCCCAUCGUCUUCAUCCUGCACACCUUCCUCUCGGCCAAAGUCACCCGCAUGGGGCUGCUGGCGUAGGGGGCCCCGGCCCCCCGCCUCCCCCCACCACAAACCAGCGGAGGGGCCCCAUGCCCCUCCUGCCCUGCCAGUGCCUUGCUGGGGCCAGACUGGCAGCCCUGAGAGCUGCCGGGGUUGUGGCAGGAUGGCUGCCCGGGGGGGUGAGCCCUUCUGCUCCACACCGGUGGUCCUGGCCUCCCCCCUGCCCCAGUGCCAGGGGGGCCAGGGCACAGGCACCAGCUUUAACCCCCCUUCCUCGGGCCUGAAGCCAUCACUGAUCUCACCACUGUGCCUUGGGGUGGGGUGAGCCCAGCCCUGACGUGUGGGGGACCCCAGGUGCUCCCCCCAGCUGUGUCUGGGGCAGCCAGUGCGCCCCCCACCCCCGCCUUGGGGUCCUCCCAAAGGGGGUCACAUUGUGUCCCCCCGGCCAUGGGUUGGAGCUCAGGCUGUCGGCCCCCCAUUGCUGCAGCACAGGGUCCCAGUGCCCUGCGCAGGGUGUGGGGGGGACAUUCUUGUCUUACUCGACGCGCUGAAGAGUACAAAAGGGGCUGUCCCCCCACCAGCUGCACCAACCCCCCCACCCGGGAGGGCCCUCCCCCCUCCCCCCCCAAACCUUCCAAAGCCAGAAAACAACUAUUGUGUCUGUGCUGCCCUGGGCAGGUGGGGGCUGGGCUGCCUGGGGAGCCCCACGGGCUGCUGCCCCCCAGCUGUGCUGCCCCCCAGCACUGCAGCCUCUGCCCCCCCCUGCCCGGGAGCUGCUCUGCGGGUCGACCCCUCCGCAUUUGGGGCAGGAUGUGUGGAUUGAUGCACUUUUGCUUUUUGUACUCCUCGGGGGGGGGCAGCUCCCACACCCUGGGGUGGUGGUGGGGGUCCCAGGCAUGGCAGGAGCAGGACCUCCCCCCCCUCGACGGGGCUGUCCCCUCCUGGCUGAAGCCCUGUUACCCCCCAGCCAAACUUCUCUGCACAUUUUUCUGCUUCCUGGGGGGCUGUGCUGGCUGGGGGGGUCCUAGGGGGGUCCCGGGUUGCACACAAGCACUACAGCUGCUGGACCCCCCGGUGCCUCCCCCCGGCACCACCCCCACCCUUUAUUUUUGUAUUCUUUGUAAAUCGCUAUUUAUAUCAGAUUGCCAUUU